AUGACAACGAAGGCGACGAAGAUGUACUCGCUUAAUGUGCCUCUGUGUCUAGUCUCGCUUGAAAAUGACGAAUGUUUGGCACUGGACCAAAUGAUUGGGACGAAUACAACAACAACAACCGCUUGGCGUGUUACGUUAGAAGCCACAAGGACGUAUAAUAUUGAAACCCUGGAGCUUUCGUCUUGCAUUCAGACGCUUGAACUACAGGGUAAUAAGACACGUAUACAAUUCAAUACUUCGAGUCUCUGGAUAGGGGAACAAUUGACUACGUUAGUAUUAAGUGGUCUUGACUUGUCCAACAUAGCGUUACUUCAGCUCCCAACGUCACUUAAGACAUUGCAUAUUACGGACUGUGUUCUGAAUAAACUGCCCGUAAAGUGGCUGUUGUCGCAGCUCCAGCUAGAAACACUAGUAUUGGUAAACAACAAUGUGAUGGAUACAACACGGACACUCACAGAGCUCAGUGACGAGCAGUUUAAGCUACUGAGUAGUCGAGUUUCGGGUUAUCUAGCUCUGGAGUCAAGAGUAGAGGUAGAUCAGAUCACAGCGUGUGUAAAGGAAAAAGGAGGCAGCGUACAGAAGAUUGGUACAUGGUCCGUGUGUGUCAUUCCUGAUGACGCAGCUGUUAUCGCUCGACGACUGCUGCUUUUUGCGAGUAUUGAGUCGGACGAUACUUCCUUAGCAAGCAGUGGCUCUGGAUUGAACGAUGAUCAAGACACUUCAACACUUGUGAUGGCCAGUUUUGCCUUGCCUUUUAUCUAUUGUUUGUACAAGAUUGGGCUCUUUAUUUUCUUUGCGCGGACACGCAAUCGCCAUUGUAGCGAGAAUGGUGGGGCUAUUGGUCGAGUAACGCGAGACGAUACGAAGAAUGUCACUACCGCCACGACAUGUGAUAGCGAUGGCAACCGGCCCACCGUGAACGACUCGAGUGCUUCUUCGCAGCAUUCUUCUUCCUCUCGCGUUCAUCGGAAACAAGAUGAGCAUCAGUCAAACAGCGACAACGCUGGAUUCUGGGUGAAUGAGGAGCUGCAGCCAUGGCGGUUAGACUUUCAGCAAUUAAAAAUGCUAAGGAGGCGACACGACUCAAACAUGGUGGUGGCAAAAUUUAUGGCGCUCAAGGAAGACCAGGGACCGCGUUUAUCUUCAAGCAGCAUUACAAGGAACAAGCUGAAUCGUGAGUUAAAGCGUCAAGCUUCAUUUUCACAUCCACGGGUCGUAACAUUCGUUGGUGUCGCCUGGUCCCGUGAAACGCAUCUGAUUGCUGUCACCGAGUACAUGGCUCAAGGCGAUCUUCGGCAGUGGCUUCAUCGCACUGCUGGCGCACAGUCCGGCAAAUGGUCGGUUCUCAAAGUCCAAAUGCUGCUGGACGUCAAUAGGGCUCUGUUGUAUCUACAUUCAAUGAAUCCGUGCCGCAUGCACGGCAACUGCAACUCGCGGAACGUGCUAUUCGACCAGUCACUGCGUGCAAAGCUAAGCGAUUUUGGCGUGGAUGGUCCUGAAAGUCUUACGGAGCAAGAGCUUAUGUCAUACAGUGCCGUCGGGUCGGGACGAUGGAUUUCUCCCGAAGCGCUUUUGGGAUGCGAGACCAGUGCGUCUUACCCGGAUGCCAGUGACGUGUACUCAUUUGGAAUCUUGGUUGCUGAGAUGGACUCACAUGAGCUGCCAUUUUCAGACUUGAUGCAGGCAAAUCGGUCAGCUGUGCCAGAGACUGAUAUUUUGCAGCUCAUUGCAAGAGGUGCGCUGUCACCUACGCUGUCAUCGUCAUGUCCGACAAGCGUUGUGAAGUUGGUGAGUGCGUGCACUAGUUACAAACCAAAGGACAGACCUAGCAGCACACAAGUACAGCAACAGUUAUUGCAUAUUUUAGAAGACUUUCAAGAGUUUGAGAGUAAGACAACAGCGAGGAUAUCAGUUGGAGCACCGUGUUGA